AUCCAUCUAGCUACCUCUGAGUGGAAGGCAGAGCUGACUCCCGACCGAACAAGUCCGUCGUGUGAGGUGCCCGAUACAUUAUUUGACAAAGCACAAUCUGGCAGCAAGCCACUGCUUUCUAUUUUUAAAAAAAAGCAACAUCCAGUUGACUCGAGUGUUGUGGGAUUUGAUCCUUCCUUCCUUGAGUGUAAAGGGAUUUCUUAUCCACAACAGCUAGUUUUAAAUGGAAUGUGCUCUCGGUUACUGCUUCACGAGGGAUGCUGAAAAAUUAAGGGUUUCUUAGCUUCCUGGUUGAGAAGAUGCAAACAAAAGAAAUCCUGAGGAGUCUAUGGCUGUUGGAAUUGGACGAAUUUGGACAUUUCUUUCACACUCUCCCUCCUCCAACGCUGGUAGGAAUUGCUUCAUUUGUGGCUAUUACAGCGUAUUGGCUAGCUACCAGACCCAAAAAACUAAAACCUCCCUGCGAUCUUUCACAACAGUCGGUGGAAAUUGAGGGUUCUGAGCAAGCUCGCAGGUCUGUAUUGGGUGACAGCUCCAAGCUAAUGACCCAUUAUCAUGAUGAUGCAAGGACCAUGUAUGAAGUGUACCAGCGAGGAUUACACAUUUCAGGUGAUGGUCCUUGUUUAGGAUUUCGAAAACCGAAAUGCCCCUAUCAAUGGCUUUCUUAUAAUGAGGUUGCCAACAGAGCUAUGGAUUUGGGAUCAGGGCUGCUCCAGAAAAACUGCAGGCCAUCACCCGACCAGUUCAUAGGAGUCUUUGCACAAAACAGGCCUGAGUGGAUUAUUACCGAGCUGGCAUGUUAUACCUACUCCAUGGUGAUAGUGCCUCUUUAUGACACACUUGGAGCUGAAGCCAUUCGCUACAUUAUUAACACAGCUGAGAUAUCAACAGUUAUCUGUGACAAAGUGGGAAAGGCAAAAAUUCUUUUGAAGAAUGUGGAGAAAAAGGAGACACCAGGCUUGAAGAUAGUUAUCCUAAUGGACCCAUUUGAGUUGGACUUGGUUGAGAUGGGAGCUAACUGCGGUGUGGAGAUAUUAGCUCUUCAGGAGGUAGAGAAUCUUGGAAAAAUUAACAAACAAACUCCUGUGCCUCCCCGACCUGAAGAUCUAUCGAUUGUCUGUUUCACAAGCGGAACAACGGGAAAUCCUAAAGGUGCCAUGCUCACACAUGGGAAUGUGGUGGCUGAUUUUUCAGGGUUUUUGAAAGUUACAGAGAGCCAGUGGUUACCUACAUCUGAAGAUGUACAUAUUUCCUACUUGCCUUUAGCACACAUGUUUGAAAGAAUGGUACAGUCUGUCGUUAUAUGCCAUGGAGGCAGGAUUGGGUUCUUCCAAGGUGACAUUAGGCUCCUGUCUGAUGAUAUGAAGGCUCUACAUCCAACAAUAUUUCCAGUAGUUCCAAGACUGUUAAAUAGAAUGUACGAUAAGGUAUUUAGUCAAGCGGGUACACCAGUAAAACGCUGGCUACUGGAAUUUGCUGCUCGAAGAAAAGCAGCUGAGGUACGAAAUGGUAUCAUAAGGAAUGACAGCAUCUGGGAUAAAAUCUUCUUCAAGAAAAUACAGGAGAGUCUGGGGGGGAAGGUGAGAAUGAUUGUGACCGGAGCUGCUCCUGCCUCUCCCGCUGUGCUUGGUUUCCUAAGAGCAGCUCUGGGUUGCCAGGUAUACGAAGGUUAUGGACAGACUGAGUGCACAGCUGGAUGUACAUUCACCACACCUGGAGACUGGACAUCAGGACAUGUUGGGGCUCCUUUACCAUGUAAUUUUCUCAAACUUAUUGAUGUAGAAGAAAUGAAAUAUUUCUCUGCCAAAGGAGAAGGAGAGAUAUGUGUGAAAGGACCAAAUGUCUUCAAAGGCUACCUCAAAGACACAGAGAAAACUGCUGAAGCCUUGGACAAAGACAGAUGGCUACAUACUGGGGACAUUGGCAAAUGGUUAAAGAAUGGCACUUUAAAAAUCAUAGACCGAAAGAAACAUAUAUUCAAACUUGCUCAAGGAGAAUACAUUGCGCCUGAAAAAAUUGAGAAUAUUUAUGUACGGAGUGAACCUGUGGCCCAAGUGUAUGUCCAUGGAGAUAGUUUGCAGUCCUUCUUGGUAGGUAUUGUCGUACCAGAUCCAGAAGCCACAGAAGCCUGGGCAGGGAAAAGGGGAUUUAAUGGAUCAUAUGGAGAGCUGUGUAAAUCCAAGGAUUUAAAAAAAGCUAUCAUGGAGGACAUGGUAAAACUGGGGCAACAGGCUGGCCUUUAUUCAUUUGAACAGGUAAAAAACGUCUGUCUCCACUGUGAAAUGUUCUCUGUUCAAAAUGGCCUGCUGACCCCAACAUUAAAGGCCAAAAGACUGGAGAUGAGAAAUUACUUCCGCAAACAAAUCGAAGAGCUUUACGCUAACACUUCUAUAUGAAAAUAAUUGGUGGAUAUCUUGUGGUGGGGGGGGGGGGGGGGGGGGGUUAAAAAUAAAAUCCUAUUUGCCAGCUGCUUAUCUUGUGUGAAGAACACAUUACAUAUGUAUGAAAUAUAUUCUUUCAUUAUAUUCAGAAACCUAUUAAUUUUCUUCAGUCAACUGGAAGGUAUCUCUUGCUUAAUUACAAGAUCUUCUAUGUAAACUAAAGAUUUGACUUUUUUAAAGCUGCACUAUAAUAGAAACAAAUUUUGUAUGUUCUUCCACAAUUAAAUUUACUUUGUUUAUGAGGAUGUGAUUAAUAGCUUAAAAUUCUAAUGUACAUAUUUUGUAAAAAUGAGAAAUAAAAAGUUACUAGGUUAAGGGUUAAGCUACUAAAAGUCAUCCUUUAACAUUUGUAAAUCAAAACAUAUAUGAAUUGGUCUAUUCUCCAAACAUUUACAGUCUGCUGUAUGAAUUCAUUAAUACAUGAAGUAUAUAGUUCCCCCCCCCCCCCCUUGUGUUACACAUGACCACACAUCAGAACCACAACUGCAUUUUUGUAUUGAACCAAAAUUAAAUAUAAUUUAUCAUUUUCAUUGAAUUGUGGAUCAUAAAUAUUCAUGAUAUUGCAGUGUAGAAAAUAAUCUGAAAAUGAAAGUUCAUAAUUAAGGAAUCAAUGCAGUGCAAGGAGAUCAUAUUAUUCGACUUGAGAGGUGAAAUGAGAACUUGCUAUCUAUUACUAGUACCUGGUUCAAAUGUUUACUUGUCUUUCCUGCUUUCCUGGUCUAUGCCAUAUUCUGGGUGAAGACUGCAAUCUCUGCUGAAGCUUUUAAUGUAAGGUUGAAUUUAGAAUUGAGCUUGGUUCAGAUACUCAAUCUUCAUGAGAUAGUCUUAAGUAAGCAGAAGACAAAACAUUCUUGUGAUUCUAUAGUACCUUCUGUGCAUCAACUAUCUCAAGGUGCUUUAUCAAUAAGUACUGUACAAUCCUGAACGGUUUGCAUUUCAUUUGCAUGGGCACAUGCAAAGGCCAAGUGGAUAAAUGAUAAGUUGAUGUGAUACAAGGUGUUUAUUUUCGCAUAUGUGAUGACACGAAUCUCGAGAACCUCUUGGCCUAUUUUCAAAAUUGUCUCUGGAGUGUAUGCACUGAUCUAAAUUUAGAAGAAAAGUGAAUCAAUUUAAUGUCUCAAAGGAUUGCAUUUCUAUCUGUACAAUACAACUUCAACCUCAAAAUAUGGGCCUUGAUAAUCGGCUCAAAUCAUGGAAUAAUAAUUGAAUGGAUAAUCUCAUAUCUGAACAUAUGUCAUUGAGGUUCAAUACCAUGCCUCAAUGAUGAGUAAUCAUACUUAA